AUGGCAACAGCACGUCAUGUUCAUGCUGCAACCCUGUUUAAUUCAAGCAAAGUUCUUGCCACUGCUGGCUACGGAUAUACAGGUUAUCUGGCUAGUUCUGAAAUAUAUGAUUCAUCAACAGACCAAUGGAACCCUACUGCAAGCAUGGCAAGAGCACGUACUGCUCAUACUGGAACUCUUCUUCAAUCGGGGAAAGUUCUUGUCACUGGUGGUGUAGCAAAUACCGGCUAUAUGGCUAGUUGUGAAAUAUAUGAUCCAUUAACGGGCCAAUGGAACACUGCUGCAAGCAUGGCAAUACCACGUAUUUCUCAUACUGCAACCCUGCUCAAUUCUGGCCAAGUUCUUGUUACUGGUGGUAUCACAUUUGGGGCACCUGCUCUGAAUAAUUCUGAAAUAUAUGAUCCAUCAACGGACAAAUGGAACCCUACUUCAAGUAUGGCAACAGCACGUACUUCUCAUACUGCAACCCUGCUCAAAUCGGGCAAAGUACUUGUUGCUGGUGGUGCGGCUAGUUCUGAAGUAUAUGAUCCAUCAACGGGCCAGUGGAAUCCUCUUACAAGCAUGGCAACAGCGCGUUAUUAUCAUGCUGCAGCCCUGCUCAGAUCGGGCAAAGUUCUCGUCACUGGUGGUGACGUCGGAUCAGUUAACUAUCUGGCUAGUUCUGAAUUAUAUGAUCCAUCAACAGGUCAAUGGGACACUAUCAAAAACAUGGCAACAGCACGUAAACUUCAUACUGCAAUUUUGCUUCGUUCGGGCAAAGUUCUUGUCACUGGUGGCGUAGGAUCUUCCGAUUUUUUGGCUAGCUGUGAAAUAUAUGAUCCAUCAACAGGCCAAUGGAACAACAUUACUAGCAUGACAGCAGGGCGUGCUGCUCAUACUACAACUCUGCUCAAUCCAGGCAAAGUUCUUGCCAUUGCUGGCGAUGGAGGUACCGGUAUCCUGAAUAGUUCUGAAAUAUAUGAUCCAUCAACAAGCAAAUGGAACCCUGCUGCAAGCCUGGCAACAACACGUACUUAUCAUACUGCAACCCUGCUUAAUUCCGGCAAAGUACUUGUCACUGGUGGCGAAAAUUUUCUUCGAUCUCCGUACAGUCUAGCAGCAUCCGAUGGUGAUCGAAAUCUCUAUCAUUGUAGUGGUGCUGCACCUCAAGAUGUGUUAACAGUGACAUAUCAAAGUUCACAAACACAUAGUCUGGUAUUAUAUCGUGGAAAAUCAGCAUCAAGAGAAUGGGAUGAUGCUGUUGCGCUAGAUACAUGUGUACCAGACAACUAUACAGGAUCUAGUUAUGCUGAAUAUUUCGCUCAAGUUGUUGCUGUUUCGAUUUAUUUAGUUGGUAAAGGUUUUGGUGGACAAGAAUAUGGUUGUAUGAGAAAUAAAUUGCAGCUGAUUCGUCUUCAACCAUACGCAAUGUAUCAAUAUUCAACUGAACUUGAGCUCAAUAGAGCUGAUCUUUGGUGGACAAUAAAUGAAAGUGAACAAGAAAUAACUUUUGAAUUGCAUAUAAAAACAAGAGGAUGGAUUGGUUUAGGUAUUAGACCAGGUACAUAG